CAGAGAUGGCGCCACCUGCAGCAUUAAACAGUUUUAUGCCAAUGCUCAGCUUGCUCUCUCUUUCUCAGCGUGCGCUCUCUUUAUACCAAUCUCUCCAUCUGCUACUGUUGUGGCUGUUGUGUUAUCAGAAACGCUUGGAUGCUGGUCGGGUGCAGACGUCCUUCAGCCUUGACAGAGUUAUAAUCGAGUGCUAGAAUAAAUUGCUGCAACUAGCUUAAAGUGCGGAAAACGUCUCGGCUGAAUGAAAAAAUUUUAAGUUUUCCUUAUAAUAUACAUACACAACCUGAGUAACGUGCUAAGAAUAAAACAAUAAGGAUAUUGGCCAGUUUUUUUUUGACAAUCAAGAUAAAGCAGCCACCACGCACAGGAGAAUUGAAGCGUUCUAAUGAAUACCUAAGUAUACACACACACACAUCUACACAUACCUACACACUUACAUACAUACUUAUAUACAUAAACGUGAAAAGAAUAGUUGUUUUAGGUCAAACAAAAGCCAAAGCGAACAAAAAACGAAAAAAAAUCGAACAUUACGGAUAACUCAAGAGAGCGCGAACAAAGGCCAAAAAUAAUGAAAAUCAAUUGGAAAAACCUUUAAAGCCAGCCUGAGAACAUUAAGGAUCAACUUAAUCUGAGAAGCCACAUCCGUUGAUGAGCAGCUCGUUGGCUAUAAAUACACCGCAGAGCGAGACGUCAAUGUGGUUGUAAUGCCGUCACGUCGCAGCGGUGGUGUUGGCACCACACGGCGCAAGCACUCGGUGGGCAAUCUGCGACGGGCACAUCCGGCCUCCGGUGCCACAUGGAAUGUGCAGGUGGUGCGCGGCAAGAUGUCCUCGAAAUGCUUGUGGCACGCGUGCCGGGCGCUAAUAUUGGGCCUGGCCCUCAUGAUGGUGGGCGCUGGCAUGGCCACGCUGGGCUACUAUGCGGAUCAUCUGUCCAUGGGCUCCGAGCUGCGUGGCAAUGUUACGGUGCGUGUCAAGAACGAUCUGAAGGGCUUCCAUUUGAACAAUUUCGCAUAUGUGGGACCCAUUGUCAUGGGUUUCGGCGGCUUCAUUGUGGUCGCCUCCUGUGUGAUGACCUUCGAGGCACGCGACUCUGCAGCCAAGGUGGUGCCGGCGCGUCUACGUGCUGGCGGCGGCAGCUGCAACAAAACGACAGCGCGCAGCAAUCAAGGCAGCUCCGCCUCGCAGCGCCGUGGCAUGGGUGCUCAGUAUCAGACGACGCGCUGGGAUCAGCAUUUUGGCGUCUUCCGCUCAUCACCCGGCGAUCCACAUCAGCAGCUGCAGGCGGUGGCUGGUGCGGCUGGCGCCGGUCAGCAGCAGGCGCAGCCUUUUGAUCGCGAGGCCCUCACCGCGGAGCUCAUCAACUUCUCCAAGUCACUCAGCGCAUCCACACGCUUCUCGCCACAGCUGCGCCGUCUCACCUUCACUGGUUCCGUGCCCAAUCUGUCUACCAUCCAUGCAAACGCUCAUCCAACCGCCUGCAUCGACACUAAUCACUCCAAUCUGUUCUUGCCGCAUCCCAAAAUGCCGCUGGAACUUCUACAACAACAACAACAACAACAACAACAACUGUGCUGUAAACGGCAUCACCAUCAUCGCCAUCACCAACACAAACAACGCAAACAACAAACGUCCACCUCGAGCAGCAGCGUCCGGCGCGUGCGUCAAACGCGCACAGCUACCGCCCCCGGCGGCGGCAGUGGCGGCGGCGGUUUCGGCUCCGGCGGCUCGAAUGCACGCCUCAUCAGCAACUCAUCCAGUUUGAUACAGCGCGCUACCAGGGAGUAUGCCGCAUGCACUUUGCUGCAGCCGCCGGCAGCGAGCCGCGUUUACUGGCAAGCCUCGUCCUUUGAUGCCGGCAUAGGCGCAGGCUCAACUCACGGCUCUGCUGGCGGCGAAAAGCGCGCUGAGCGCAACAAACGCUCCGAUACAGCCAAACGUCACGUGCUGGCACGUCAGCGACCCAUCGAGCAUGAGGAGGCCGCAGCGGCGGCGGCGGCAGCUGCCCGUGAUCGGGAUCGUUGCAGCCCGCUGGGACACAGGCGCAACUCAACCAUGUCAGACUCGUCGUAUAGCGGCCGCUGGACGGCGCGUUGUGCUUCGGUAGCGAGUCGCACCUCGAGCAUUGAUUCACGGCGCAUCCAGGUGGAUCUGCACAGUCCGGAAGUGAUGCCCAAGUCAAUAUUGCGCUCGCCCAAACGCUACAGUUCCGGCCCCUCGGCGACGCCAUCAGUUGAGAAGGAGUUCCGCAGCCAAUUGUCGGUAUGCUCAGAACCGCCUCCACCCGUGCGUCAGCUGUCGGGACAGUCAAGCAUGGAGCCAGCUGUGCCGGAGGAGAGUGUGGAGCUAAUCGACGAGCGUGUUGCGAUUGAGUGCCACAGCAACAGCGAGUGCAAUGUGGCCUACAGCGAGAUCAGUGAGCUGGUGCAUCACACGCACAGCCUGCCGCCUAAGAAACAGCGUCCCGACUUUCUGCCGCUGGAGCAGCAACUGCAGCGGGAGCGGGAACGGGAGCAGAAGACGACACUCUAUAGAAGCAACAGUUCCAGGCAAUUCUAUCGGCCCAAGCCUGCCAUAGCGAAGGACCGGGAUGAUUCGGUUUUCUAUAUACGCUCCCUGGAGCGUGCCGGCAGCGCCGCCAGCGGCGAUGAUCACAUGUACGACUCGCUGAAGGUGAUAAAUGAGCGUCGCUCGACCCUGCUAAAGGCCGACUCGCAGAGCUCGUUGGGCUCCGCGGAGCGCAAGCUGAGCAGCUUUUCGCUCAAGAUGCCGGACAUAACGGAGCGCGAGAACUCGAUAGAUAUAGAGGACGGACCUCCGAUAACACAGUCAAUCGUAGAGCUUGAGAAAAACCCACAUGAAACUUAAAUAUUGACCGAGAUAAUAUAAAUGUGUGUGCGUGCGCGUGUGUGUGUGUUGUGUGUAUUGAUAAGGUGGUGUAUUGACAGUAUUGACAAUGACAGUUACUUUAGCACGGAUCUAUUAUAAUGUUGGGAAAUACAGAGAUUUUUUGAUAAGCCUGCAAAAAUUGGUACACCGAAUUUGAAUUUAAGUUAAGUGUAGAAAUACGAUAUCGAAAUACCCUUCCUUUCACUUUCGCGAAUCAAAUCUAUUUGAAAAAUCGUUAACUAUGAAUCGUUAUCUGUGUUGCCCUAGGCACUAAUCGAUGUAUUACAAAUUAACUAUUUAUGUGUUUCAAAUUGUAGUCGUCCCGCUGUUGAAUUGUUAAUGUAACUACAAAAAGAAAAUCGAAUAUAACAUUGUUAUAUGUUGAAAUGCAUUCUAUGGAUAUGAACGAGCUUUUAAUGAUUAAGCGCUCCGAACCCGAUUCCGGCUGUAUCCUGUUUCCUCUGUCUAAGCCAGAAGAAAACAAAUGCUUAAGAAUUCAAUUUGAAAUUGUAUAUAAGUAACUAUAUUAUAUGUAAUAUUACAAUCAGCUUACAAGCGAAGACUGAUGUUCGUAAAUUUAUGUUCUAUUUGUGAAUUGUGCGCUAAAAGUUCUGAAAAAAUGUCAAUUUCUGUUCAAAUACAAUGAAAAGCAAUAAGAAAUUAUAAUUAUUGAUAAAGCACAGAGUGCAACGAAAAUAACAAAUCAACAAAAUUAUGUUUCAAGUGUUCCACAACUUAAACAUUUAAAAGCGAAAAAUAUCAGAAAAUCCGAAUAUCAGCCAACUUUGGUUUACUGAAGUUUAUCAGAGUAAUAUAUCAAAUAUUUUCACAGAAGGUUUGCAGCAAUUUCUACCAACGUAAUUAUUGAUAAUCGUAUAUAACAAUAAUGUAAAGUAUAUACUUU